AUGAGUUAUGAGAAAGCUUGGAGAUGCAGAGAGAAGGCAGUUAUGUACAAGAGGGGUACUCCAGCAGAAUCUUAUACGAAGUUAUAUGGUUACUUCUACAUGCGGGAACAGAAGAAUCCAGGUACUAUUACUGACAUUGUCAGCGAGGAUAACCGGUUCAAGUACUGUUUCUGGUCACUCGAUGCUUGUAGGAAGGGAUUUAAGUUUUGUCGUCCUGUGAUUAGUAUGGACGGAACAUUCUUGAAGACGAAGUAUGGAGGAACACUGUUAGUUGUUGUUGCGUACGACGCAAACAACCAAUUGUUUCCGGUAGCCUUUGUUGCAAUUGUUGACAGUGAGAAUCAUGACUCUUGGAAGUAUUUCUUGCGGAAGUUAAAGGAAGCCAUUGGUGAGGUUGAAAAUCUUAUGUUCAUAUCGGAUAGGCAUCAAAGCAUUGAACAUGUUGUUGAGGUUGUUUUCCCAGAAGCAUGCCACUGUGCAUGCUUCAAGCAUAUUACUAUGAAUGUCGUUCACAAGUUUAAGACUGAUGUAUGCAACCAACAAAUAUGGCUUGCAGAUUACGCAUGGAACAAGACGGAAUGUGAUAGACAUUUUGAGGUGCUGAAACAGAUGGACCAUGCCAUUGCUACAUACGUCGAGCAAAUAGGGUUUGAAAAGUGGGCUCGUCCUUAUUGUCCAGGCGAUCGGUACAGCAUAAUGACAAGCAACGCUGCCGAAAGCUUCAACAAGGUGACAGAAGAAUUCAGAAAAUAUCCAGUAACUAUUUUGGUUGACUUCAUCAGGUUCACACUUCAAAAUUGGUUUGCUUCUCGUCUCGAAAAGGCAAGUAAGUGCGCUACUCCUUUGGCUACUACUUUUGAAAAUGAUUUAAAGGAUCUACACAAAGAUGGUAUGUUCAGGAGUGUCCUUCGUAAUGGUGCCCAAUUGUUCAACGUUGGUACGAGUCCUCAAGGUGAGAGAGGUGGUGAUGUGAACUUAGUGGAGAGAACAUGCACUUGCGGACUUUUCCAAACGCUCAAAAUCCCUUGUCCCCAUGCAUGUGCCGCAGAAGUUAGUCAGAAUGUGAGCGUGUACACACUUUGCUCUCCAUAUUACACAAAAGAAACGUGUAAGAAGAUCUACGAUGCCACAAUUAAUAUUGUUGGGGAGGAGGAUGAGUGGGUACUACCAGAACACAUCAAGAACAUAAGAAUCGGGGUACCAGUGGAGAAAAAACCAGUAGGUCGGCCUAGGAAGAGCAAUGUAGGUAGAAGACCGACGAAGCGUCGACCGUCCAAUGGUCAGGUGGUAGUGGAACCUCAUCACUGCUCGCUAUGUCACGGUACAGGGCACAACAGAGCUACAUGCAAAGCUCGAGUUUGA